AUGUGAUCAUUAUUUCCCCCACCGUGCGGCGGCCCGCUACCCAUCCGCAACACCGUGCGUCGCAUGCCAGCCGGUCGUUUCGACCCUGCCCUACCCAUUGCAAACAUGACCGUACGGUGGGCCCCUGGCCUGGCCGUACGAUUGUUCGCCGCGCUGGGGCUAGUUGCUUUGUGACGGCCCGGUAGGUCGAUCGGAAAAAUCGAACCGAAAGCGUGCGUGCGCGUAUGUGUGAGUGUGUGUGUUCCGUUGCCGUACACGUAAUCCAUCCGGUGAACAGUUCUAGGUCUGAUCCGGUACCACUUCAAAGCAACAUUGACAACAACUCGAAAGGCUCACACAUCUGUGCCACGCAUCUGGUACAACACACACCAAAGCGCAGUGAAUCGUUUGCCUACCGAAUUCUCCAUUCCGUUUCCCAUUCCGGAUGCAGAACGGCUGCACACACUGCUUAUGAUCGGUUGCAUGCACGAAGCGAACGACGCGCCGUGUCCUACAUGCGGCACCUACUUACUUAACCCACUCAGUAAGUCAGCAGUGUCGGGCACAUCGUCGUCCUCGUCGUCGGAGGACGACUCCACCACGAUGGACGAUAGCAACACCACGUUCGCGGGACCGUCCGCCCGUUCCUCCUAUCCGACAGCCAGCACACCCGCCCAGGACUCGACGGCGAACAGCUCGGGCAGCAUCGUCGAGGAGAACGCGGUGCUGCUGGAGGAAAACCGUAAGCUCACCCGCAGCCUGCUCGAGCUGCAAGUGGAAACGGAGCGGCUGAAGCAGCAGCAGAACCUCCUGUCCGGGCUGGGCCGGCGCCGGGACAGUCUGAGCGGGCUGAGCUCGACCAGCCAGCCGCUCGGCAGCAUGGGCCAGAACAGUCCCGCCCCAUCGUACCGGUCGACGGGAAACUACACCUCCGGCAUCGUCGCAGACGUGGUGCGGGAGAUACGCGACAUCUGCCGGGUGCGGGAGGACGCCACGUUCGAGCGGUUGCGCAACCUGCAGGAAAACCACAUGUGGUCGAUCAACGACACGCUGCAACGCCUCGCCAAGGACGUCGACACGAUGCAGAAGUCGGUCAGUGCGGCCCGGCACGACCUGGAGAAGCUGACCAGUCGGGUGCUGCAGCUGGAGAGUAUCGUGCUGCCGCAGGCGGCCGUCUGUCUGGCGGCCGGCGCCCAGCACAACCACCCGCUGCCACUCGCGCCGAUGCCCCUGUUCGGGGGCAACGUGCAGCAGGCCCUGCUGCUGCAGCAGCUCCAGCAGCAGACAAAUGCGAACCAGCAGCUCCAGCAGCAGACAAAUGCGAACCAGCAGCAGCAGCAACAGCAACAUUCCCCCCAGACGGUACCCGUCAGCUCCGGCCAGCAGUUUCACGCGUUUGGCAUGAGCGAACGGGGGCCGGCGGGCAGUGCCGGUGGCGCGUCGAUCGGCAGCCAGAGCGUAAGCAGCAACGGCGUGGGCAAGCCGGGCAACGGGGGGCUGCCCUCGAUGCUGCGGCUCAACUACGGUCGGAUCGCCACCACCGAGGACCUGUUCGGUGGCGACUCGGUUACGGUCGAGCUGGGCAAUGGCAACAACACGAGCGGCGGCGGUGGCGGCAGCAGCAGCAACAGCACAGUCGCCUCCGUUCACGAGUCUUCCUCGCGCGUGCUGCUGCUGGAGAAGGGCGAGGUGGAGCUGCGACGGGACCUGCAGGACGCAAUUGCGGCCAAGAACGAACAGUCGAAAAAGAUUGCUUACCUGCAGAAGGUAGUGAUGGCGCUGCAGAAAAAGGUCGACCUGCAGGGGACGGACACGCCGAGUCUGGGCGGCAACGGUAGCAGCAGCAGCGGUAACGCCACCAGCAACAACGGCAGCAGCAGCGGCGGCGGCAUUGGCGUGAUCGGCCCGGUCACCGACUUGUAGAUACUGUGCCAUACAUUUACAGCCUCCUCCCCCCCUUUCCCGUGCAUAUUUAUAACCUCAUAGAUCCUCAGCGUCCUAGGGCCAAACAGGUUGUGGGUUUACGACCCGCCAGCUGAAACAGAGGCCCUGAAAGCAACACGAAGGUUCACAUUAAAUACUGGCCCGGCAAACAGGACGCCACAGAGCGAAACUUCUCACGCAGUACCAGUCAGGUUAGGUUUGCAUGAUCCCCGCAAGGGCCCCAUGGAGGAGGAGGAGUGAGCGAACCACCAAUUUCCAAUCUCUGUCGGGAGGAGAGCAGUAGGCCUGUGCGCCUCAAACUGCAACACGAUAACAGAAUCAGAAUAUUCCACGAAUUAAUAAGUUAACACUCUUACGGGUAAACAAGAGACACGAGCAAAAGAAAAAACAACAAUUCGCGGGUGCCGCACGGCGGGUACUUAAGCGCGGAACCGAAUCGGACAACUAUUUAAGAGGAAAGGCGCACUGUUUUAGAUAGAAUUUACAAUGCAAACCGGCAACGAUGUUUAUACCAUUUGCGCAAUUUUCGCUUUUGUGCGCCGGGUUUGUUUACAAACCGCGAGCCCUCACUCGGUACGUCAUCGUGACUUGACGCAUGCCAGAACGGGACACACAACACAACCUCUACUUACCUUGGCAUUGUUCGCAGAAUCGACUGCGCGUGUGUGUGUCCACAACUAGUCGGGUUGAAAUUCGCAAGCGUUGUGCGCAUGGUAUAUAAUGACUGGAUCGAAUAAUUAACUCCUCAUAUUAAAUCGAACGUUCCAAAAUAAUAAUAAUAACGUACAACCGAACGGAGCAGACGCCCAGCCCAGGGACGCGUUCCCCAAUGCAUGGUUGGAUUUGAAUGGGCAGUUAGAAAGGGUAUAUAUUACUAAUAGGAAGCAAAAAUUCGAUCCAUUUUCCAACAAGAUUCACUCAACGCAAGGGCCCUACAGUAAAUAUUAUUUUUCCUACUGACGCUCACGUUUUACUGUCAGAAAAUUGCCACCACACAAACAAAAAUUACAUCGACAGAACAGAGUUGCAUAUUUAUUUAACGAAGCUAUUCAGUUACACACAAAGGAAUGGCAUGGAAGUUUGUCCAAAUGUUUCGUACACUUACAUUUUUAAUCGCCAACAUUUUAAACGACCGCAAAAGAAACAUUUACCUAAGCAAUAAUGAAAAAAAAAAACACAUAUUUUAAAUGCCAAUAAUUGAUAGAAAAUUGGAAAUGCCUUUAGUGGAUUAAA